GGGGAGAAUGAAACUUGUGCGAUAGGCAAGUCCGUGUACCAGAGUCGUAGUCGGAGUAUUUUGAGAUACGGCUUUCACAGCGGAGAGAGUGGGACUGGAUUGGGAAUGGUUGUGCGAUCGCCAGCAUCACUAAUUUCAAAGUAAAGUUAGUGCAAAAAUGAAUUAGGCGCGGAAUAGAAUGCAUCGACCAACGAAUCCAAACAUCCGACGAUCAAUCGCAGGCAUAUUGCUUUAAAGUCUGUUUUUAUUUUGUCCGUCGUUUAUUUCAUUGGUUCAGGACUCGUCCGUGAAAACGGUGUGGGAUUCCUGGUUUGUUCCGAUUCUUCGAACGAAACGCGCAUAGCUUUGUCUUUACCCUUUCAUUCUCCCCCGUCUUAUAUCUCGCUGCUUAAGGACUUGCUCUGAAGUAGUUUUGCCACUAUCAUCAUGGAGCUAUCGUCGGAAGAACGUGGACAGCGGCGGGAGAUCUACAUGCAAUCCACGGCCCCAAACAACACUCGGCGACGGGGACUGUUGCCUAGUAGGGCAGUUGCUGUUCUCGCGGUUGGCAUUCUCUUGGCGAAAGUCGUCUGCACGGAGGCGGCCUUCACCAAGGAGCCGAAGUCCCAGGAUGCACUGCACGGGCGCAGCGCCAUGCUGCGGUGUGAGGUCAGCGACCCGGCGGGCGUGGCCUACAGCUGGCUGCACAGCGGCGAGGCGGUGACGGACUCCGAGCGCCGCUUCCAGGAGGGCAGCAACCUCAAGUUCACCGCCGUGGACCGCCUGCUCGACGCCGGGAACUUCCAGUGCCUGGCGGUGAACUCCGCCACGGGGGAGGAGGAGCGCUCCAGCAACGCGUCCUUCAACAUCAAGUGGCUGGAGACCGGGGGCGUGACGCUCAAAGACCCCGCCUCGGAGGCGGAGAUCGAGAGCUCUGCACCAAUCACGCUGCGGUGUCACAUUGACGGACAUCCACGGCCGACCUGCCAGUGGUUUAAGGACGGCGUUCGGCUGACGGAGAGGAGUCACGUGAUCAACAACAAGGAGCGCACGGUGACCCUGAAGAGUGCCAGCCCCGACGACAACGGCCUGUACUACUGCUGCGCCAAGAACGCUGUGGGGCACGUCUGCAGCAGCCACAACUUCACCCUCAACAUCAUCGAUAAGAGCUACCCACGGCCGGUGAUCUCUCCGAUGGACCAGGUGGUCCUGCGGAACGAGGAGGCCGUCUUCCACUGCCAGUUCACCGCCGAGCCGCCGCCCACCGUCGAGUGGUACCACGACAACGAGCUCCUCACCAACAAGACCCGGCUGUUUGUGCUGAGUAACGGGACCCUGCAGAUCACCCAGGUGAAGGUUCGGACCACCGGCCUGUACAAGUGUGUCGCCCGAGGCCCCCGCGGCCCCCCCGUCACCCUGGAGGCCACGCUCCGCAUCGCAGAGAUUGAGGAGAUGGGCCCGCCCUUGGUGAGAGUGUUCACGGUGGACACCCUGCAGCGCAUCUCCUGCUACCCCCCGCGGGGGCACCCCGAACCGGAGGUGUGGUGGGAGAGGGGCGGGGCACGCCUCCCCGAGGAGGGCAGGGUGUACCAGGAGGACCUGGCCCUGGUGUUCAGCCCCACCGAGGCGGGAGAUUCCGGAACGUACUCCUGCGUCGCCCAGAACCGCGCCGGGACCAGGAGGCAGGACCUCACCGUCACUGUGGCCACGGCUCCGGAGUGGGUGACCAGGCCGGAGGACAGCCAGCUGGAGGAGGGCCGCCCCGGCCUGUUGCACUGCCUCACCAGCGCCACCCCCGACCCGGAGGUCACCUGGUACCGCAACAGCAUGCCCAUCACUGCCGAGGACAGUCGGUUCAGACUCCUGCCCAAUGGGACUCUGCGCAUCAACAGUGUGGAGGUGUACGACGGGCAGGUGUACUCCUGCGUCAGCCGCACCGAGGGAGGGCAGCUAACCGCUAACGCUCGCGUCCACGUGCUCGAGAAGCUCAAGUUCACGCCGACCCCCCAGGCCGUGCAGUGCCUGGAGCUGGAUAAAGCCGGCAGUGUGCAGUGCUCCGCCAAGGGCCGGCAGACCCCCUCCGUCCAGUGGACCAAAACAGACGGCAGUGCGAUCCCGCCGCAGGUGGAGCAGAAGCCUGGGCAGCUGCACUUCUCCAAGGUGACGCGCAGCGACUCAGGGAACUACACCUGCAGCGCCUCCAACAGCCUGCAGGGGGAGAUACGCGCCGUGGUGCUGCUGAACGUGGCAGUCUAUGUUAAGUUCAAAAUGGAGCCAGACAACACCACUGUGUACCAGGGCCACAUGGCCAUUCUGCACUGCCAGGCCACCGGAGACCCAGAGCCCUACAUCCAGUGGAGGAUUAAGGACAAGUUCCUGGACCCCAGCCAGAGCAGGUUCAAGAAGAUGGCGAACGGCUCGCUGGUGAUCCGCGACGUCAGCACGGAGGACACGGGGAAGUACACCUGCAUCGCCGGGAACAGCUGUGACAUCAGGUCCACCUUCGCGGAGCUCUACGUCGUGGAGAAGCCCGUGCAGCAGCUGAUGGAGGACGAGGACAAGGCUCCGUACAAGAUGAUCCAGACCAUCGGGCUGUCGGUGGGCGCGGCCGUGGCCUACAUCAUCGUGGUGCUGGCGCUCAUGUUCUACUGCAAGAAGAGACGCAACGCCAAGCGCCAGCAGAAGACCACCGAGGGCGAGGAGCCCGAGAUGGAGUGCCUCAACGGGGGAGCUGUUCAGCAGAAUGGCCAGACCACAGCAGAGAUCCAGGAAGAGGUGGCCCUGACCAACCUGGCCGCCACGGCAACCAGCAACAAGCGGCACAGCAGCAACGACAAGCUGCACUUCCCCCGGGCGAACCUGCACACGAUUACUACCCUGGGUAAGGGGGAGUUCGGGGAGGUGCUGCUGGCGAAGGCGCGGGGCAUCGAGGAGGAGGGGAGCGAGGAGGAGACGGUGGUUCUGGUGAAGAGCCUGCAGACGCGGGACGAGCAGCUGCAGCUGGACUUCCGCCGCGAGUUCGAGAUGUUCGCCAAGCUCAGCCACGUCAACGUGGUGCGGCUCCUGGGCCUGUGCCGCGAGGCCGAGCCGCACUACAUGAUCCUGGAGUACGUGGACCUGGGGGAUCUGAAACAGUUCCUGAGAAUCUCCAAAAACAAAGAGGACAAAGUGAAGCCUCAGCACCUCAGUACCAAACACAAGUUGUCCAUCUGUGCCCAGGUGGCCCAGGGUAUGGAGCACCUGUCCAAUCACCGCUUCGUCCACAAAGACCUGGCGGCACGAAACUGCCUGAUCAGCGCCCAGCGACACGUCAAGGUGUCCGCUCUCCGCCUGAGCAAGGACGUGUACAACAGCGAGUACUAUCACUACCGCCAGUCCUGGAUCCCCCUGCGCUGGCUCCCGGCCGAGUCCGUGUUCGAGGACGACUUCUCCACCAAGACGGACGUGUGGUCCUUCGGGGUGCUGAUGUGGGAGGUGUUCAGCCAGGGCGAGCUGCCCUACACCAAGCUCAGCGAUGACGAGGUCCUCGAAGGGCUCCAGGCUGGCCGGAUGAAGCUCCCUGCCCCAGAGGGCUGCCCCUCGAAGGUGUACCGACUGAUGGGGCGCUGCUGGGCCCCCAGUCUGAAGGAGCGCCCCUCUUUCAGCGAGAUGGUCAACGCCCUGGGGGAGGUCCCCACCGACAGCAAGGUCUGAGAGCCCCAGCCCCCUCUCCUGAAACCCCCCGCCCCCACCCCCCCACCCUGGCCAGACUCCCGUGAGUGUGUGAGUGUGUGUGUGGCCCUGGCCCUUAUACACUUAACACACUCUGCGGAGUUAUCACAGUCACCGCGCGACAGUUUCAAAAUGGGGUCCGGUAGGGAAGGAGAGAAGAGGACUGAUUUUUAGUCUCUUAUGGAGACGUUUGUUUUUUUAUUGGUUUUGUUUUAUUCUUCAAACCACCCGCUGGGCUCUGAGGACACUUGACUGGGCCCCCUGGGGUUUGGGUCGUGCGCGGGCAGUUUGUGCGUUUCUGCACAGGACUCUGGGAAACUGCCACCCCAGGACUGGAGUUCUCCAUGUCACCCUCCACCAGGACAGCAGGGCCACUUCAGAGGCAUUACCCACAGCACGGCCAGGAGAGGGCGCUGUCAACACCGAACAUCAAUCAUCGCAAAUUCUGCCUCUGGACUGAGGGAACGUGUCUCAUAUUGUGUGUGUGUGUGUGUGUGUGUGUGUGUGUGUGUGUGUGCGUACGUGUGUAUGUGUGUGUGUGUGUGUGUGUCAGUGUUUGUUACCAUAUCAGUGAGUGCCGGACCAGGGUACAAACGCACAAAAGGAUAAAAAAAAAAAGACUUGUUUGGGAGAAGGUUUGAGGAAAAGCAUAGCAAAUCUAUAUUAAAUUUCCAUUCGAAUCGUUUGUUUGCUGCAGGAAUAGUCACGUUUAUUUCAGGGGAAAACAGGUGUGUUUUUUUCAGCCACAGAGGAGACAUUAAAAAAAACUACAAUGUGUGUCGCAUGCAUGUUUGUAAGUGUGCGCAUGCAGGGGUGUGUGUGUGUGUGCGCGUGCGUACGUGUGUUUGCGUUUUUCUGUGUGUUUCCAUCUUCCCCCUUUUAAACCCAUUUUGUUACAGUGGACUGUUGCUGGGAAACACUGCAUUAUUUGUUGCAGGACACAUGGAGUCCAUUUUCCUUUCAUUUGAAAAUGCCUCUCUGUAGCUAGCUAGGCUAAACCCGUAUUCAACAUGCUCUCAACCAAGCACCUAUCAUUACGUCACCGAAAAGGCUUGCUCCCGCCCCUCUACUCGAGCUGGUCCAAUCAGACGGUGAUUUGUGUAUAUAAUGUAGACAUCAUGCACUAACCACAAGUACAGUUCAGUUUUGUAUUCUAGAAGGAUUUUCAGGGACCUGUUUUUAUUACAAAGGUCCUGUUUUUUUAUUGCGUUUCUGUUGUUUUUUUGUUUUUUUUUGUUAUUUUUCCAGAACGGUACAGUUCAUUUGACCUUUUUUUAUGCAGUUUUAUGUAUCCGGCAUUUUGUAAUACAUGGCAUUUUAUAAUAACAUAAAAGAAAUGGGUUGGGAGGGUAAAAGUGGUCUCACUAACCUAAACUACACUAAGAUUCAAGUGCCUGGGAAAUGAAGGAUUUCUUUUAGCAGAUUUUACAAUGUCUUAUGAAAUGCAAAUGCCUUGUUUUUACUCAUUUUUGUUUUUUUAAAUAUUUUUUAUACAUUUAAUUGUUUUUAUUAUUAAUUUUUUGUUCUUGGAUAUAAAUGUGCAAAAAAAUCCACUCUUUAGCAGUUCUAUUUUAUCUGAAUGCUAGGCACCUACACCUAGACCCUUUUGAGUCUGCUUUUGCAAUACUGGGGCAAUGAAUAUACAUGCUGCUCUCAAUAAAGUUUCACAUUUUGUACA